GUGGUUCGUGCGCAGGCGCAGUCAGCGUGGGGUACCGAGGAGGCGAGUGUGUGGAAAAUGAGUGGAGGGAGGCUGUUAUCUGAUGCUAGUUUGACUCUCUAUCACCAUGAAAGUCCUUCUGGUUCCACUCAGGUCUCUCCUCUGUCUGUUUUAAAGUGGUACCGGACAGCUGUAGGGGGUCUCUGCUGACUCUGGGGGACUUUACAGACCUUUAAAGGACUCUGAUCGGAGGCGGACUCACCGAGAGAGAGAGGGAGCCGUUAGUUUUCAGGAUGCCGCGGGACAACAAGACCCCUCUGAUCCAGAAGGUCGCCAAGCAGGCCCACAUCACCUUUAAGGGCUUUAAGUCAGAGACCAACGGGGACAACAACCUGGACCCGGACAGACACUCGGAACUGGUCUCUUUGGUGACCGCCAUCAGAGCCGCGGACCUCAAAAUCCAGCCCCGGAAACCCAAAGCCAGCCCCGGGGCAGCGGGGCCCCAGAACCCCCCGGUCACCUACAUGCACAUCUGUGAGACCGAGGUGUUCAGCAUGGGGGUCUUCCUGCUGAGAGCUGGGGCGUCCAUCCCCCUCCACGACCACCCGGGCAUGAACGGGAUGCUGAAGGUUCUGUACGGGAAGGUGAGCGUCCGCUGCUUUGACAGGCUGGAGGAUCACCUGUCUGUCCCCCUGCCUGAGUUUGACCCUCCCCUCGCCCCUCCUCAGACGGCGUCUGUGCGGCGCUCCGUGCUCAGCUCGGUGGCCGAGUACUCGGAGAGCAGCGGGCCGUGCCUCCUCACUCCUCUGAGGGAUAACCUUCAUCAGAUCGACGCCGUAGAGGGACCCGCCGCCUUCUUAGACAUCCUGGCUCCUCCUUACAAUCCAGACGACGGGCGGGACUGUCACUACUACAGAGUCCUGCACACUGUGGGUGAGGAGGAGGCAGGGGGGAGGAGGAGAGAGGAGGAGAGGGAGGAAGAGGAGAGGGAGGAGAUGUGGCUGCUGGAGGUCCCUCAGCCUGAGGACUUCUGGUGUGGAGGCGAGGCGUACCCCGGUCCUGCAGUCUCUGUCUGAUCACUGCGGACCGACAGCAAUAACAUGAGUUCAUCCAUCCACAGGGGGGCGCUCUGUCCUGCCCCGCCCCCCCAAGGAGAGUCACAACACCUGGAUUCCCACAGUGGGUGGGCCCACCUUCAGGACUCUACAGCAGAGCAGCAGCUGGUGCUUCAAGGACCACUUCCACAAACACUGGCUGAGUCUGAGACACUGAAACUGUACAGGGUUCUGUCAUCACAGGGGAACCGUUCUGUCAUCACAGAGGAACCAUUCUGUCAUCACAGAGGAACCGUUCUGUCAUCACAGAGGAACCAUUCUGUCAUCACAGAGGAACCGUUCUGUCAUCACAGGGGAACCGUUCUGUCAUCACAGGGGAACCAUUCUGUCAUCACAGAGGAACCGUUCUGUCAUCACAGAGGAACCGUUCUGUCAUCACAGGGGAACCGUUCUGUCAUCACAGAGGAACCAUUCUGUCAUCACAGAGGAACCGUUCUGUCAUCACAGAGGAACCAUUCUGUCAUCACAGAGGAACCGUUCUGUCAUCACAGGGGAACCGUUCUGUCAUCACAGAGGAACCAUUCUGUCAUCACAGAGGAACCGUUCUGUCAUCACAGAGGAACCAUUCUGUCAUCACAGAGGAACCGUUCUGUCAUCACAGAGGAACCGUUCUGUCAUCACAGAGGAACCAUUCUGUCAUCACAGGGGAACCGUUCUGUCAUCACAGAGGAACCGUUCUGUCAUCACAGAGGAACCGUUCUGUCAUCACAGAGGAACCGUUCUAUCAUUAACCAGGAACCAUUCUGUCAUCACAGAGGAACCGUUCUGUCAUUAACCAGGAACCCUUCUGUCAUCACAGAGGAACGGUUCUGUCAUCACAGAGGAACGGUUCUGUCAUCACAGAGGAACCGUUCUAUCCUUAACCAGGAACCCUUCUGUCAUCACAGAGGAACUGUUCUGUCAUCACAGAGGAACAAUUCUGUCAUCACAGAGGAACCGUUCUAUCAUUAACCAGGAACCGUUCUGACAUCACAGAGGAACCGUUCUAUCAUCACAGAGGAACCGUUCUAUCAUUAACCAGGAAAGUUCUGACAUCACAGAGGAACUGUUCUGUCAUCACAGAGGAACCGUUCUGUCAUCACAGAGGAACUGUUCUGACAUCACAGAGGAACCGUUCUGUCAUCACAGAGGAACUGUUCUGACAUCACAGAGGAACCGUUCUGUCAUCACAGAGGAACUGUUCUGUCAUCACAGAGGAACCGUUCUGUCAUCACAGAGGAACUGUUCUGUCAUCACAGAGGAACCGUUCUGUCAUCACAGAGGAACCGUUCUGUCAUCACAGAGGAACCAUUCUGUCAUCACAGAGGAACCGUUCUGUCAUCACAGAGGAACUGUUCUGUCAUCACAGAGGAACUGUUCUGUCAUCACAGAGGAACCGUUCUGUCAUCACAGAGGAACUGUUCUGACAUCACAGAGGAACCGUUCUGUCAUCACAGAGGAACUGUUCUGUCAUCACAGAGGAACCAUUCUGUCAUCACAGAGGAACCGUUCUAUCAUUAACCAGGAACCCUUCUGUCAUCACAGAGGAACUGUUCUGUCAUCACAGAGGAACCGUUCUGUCAUCACAGAGGAACUGUUCUGUCAUCACAGAGGAACCGUUCUGUCAUCACAGAGGAACCGUUCUGUCAUCACAGAGGAACUGUUCUGUCAUCACAGAGGAACCGUUCUAUCAUUAACAAGGAAAGUUCUGACAUCACAGAGGAACUGUUCUCUAAUCACUGAGGAACUGUUCUAAGGAACCGUUCUGUCAGCUGUACUUUAUAAGUCUGUCUGUGAUGCUUCCAGCUCCACGCUUCUCAGUGUGUUCCUCUCUUUACCUCCAGACAUCAGCUGACUGUCGUCCUUGGUUUUCAGUGGUUCCCUUUAGAACAGUUCUAACAGUCAUGGAGUCAGAGAGCAGUUAGUCAUAAAUGUUUAAAAGUCCGUUAUACCAAUUCAAAGUUACCGCCAUGCAGGGACUGACAUAGAUCUGUGGAUCUGGACCCUGGACUGAGUCGCUGUGAGUCCGGCCCUGCUGUGAGCUGCCUGGUGUGUGAAUGUUGAAUGUAAAGCUCUCAGAGUGCCUCCUCUGCACACCUUUCUUUUCUAAGUGCACACUCUUCAUUAAUCGACUUUAUGUUUGUGUUGAACUCGUUCCAGCCUCGCCUCAGGUCUGACCCUCUAAAACCUUCACCCUGGUCCUGACAGGAUUCAGUCUAAUCCACCAGCAGGUGAACAUUGAGUGUCUCCAGUGAGGUUUCUUUAGAAGGACACGGUCUGCAGGCUGUGAUCCACUGGAGAACCAUCACUCACUCUCUGUAACUUCUGCAGGUUGACUGGUUUUAGUAAGCCCUGCGUCUGAGAGGUGAUGAAGCUGAGGUUCAGCUCCUCCUCUUCCUCUUCCUCUUCCUCAUCACCUGUUUGUUUUUUACUUCCUGUAAAUAACCUGAGUGAUGUGAGGCCUCGCCUUUAAAGCCAGCACACGCUGCACAAUCUGACUGUGUGGAACCUCUGAAGCUAACACACUGUGUUCUUUAUUAACUCUACCUGUUGGCCUUAUAUAUCAGACCCUCGUCUGUGACAAUGAUUGUUAUCUGAUCAUGCUGAAUGUAUGUACAACAAUAAACACAUGUGGAUGAUA